AUAUAAUCGAAACAAUAAUGUCAACUUCUAAAUCCACCAGAAUGGACGUUAAUAACGACGAAUCAAUUUGGAAUGAACAUUUAGGAAUUAAUGGAAAGUAUGUCCUAAAAGGGGAUGAGUAUUUCAUGGCAAUAGCCUUAUUAGUAGGUAAAAGAAGCGAAGACCCCAGCAGUCAAGUUGGUGCUUGUAUUGUGAAUGAAGACCAAAAUAUUGUUGGAGUAGGUUACAACGGAAUGCCUAACGGUUGCGAGAACAAAUUUUCAUGGGAAAAAUAUGCAGAUAACCCUUUAGAAAGAAAGUACAUGUAUGUUUGUCAUGCAGCAAUGAAUGCUGUAGUCAACAAGAACGUAAUCAAUUUAAAAAACUGCAAAAUAUACAAUGUGAUAUUUCCAUGCAAUGAAUGCGCAAAAAUUUUAAUUCAAUCUGGAAUUAAAGAAGUCGUAUUUUUAUCAGACAAACGCUGUUACAAGAAUGAAACUAUUGCUUCUAAAAAAUUGUUUGAGGCUGCGGGUGUAAUAACCAGGGAAUUCAAAUAUGAUCCGGAAAAUUCAAAAAUUGUCAUUGAUUUUUGUGAAAUAGACUGGGACAAUAAGAAGAAAAGACCAUCAGUACAAAAUGAAUGUGAAUCAACUUCUAAAAAAAUGGCAAAAAACGAUAAUGCCUAAAAAAUUCUACACUAGGUUAUAUCUUCAAAAUUAUAUUUUUCUACAAAGGGUAUAGUAUAUAAUUAAAAAAAAUUAAAUAUUUCAGAUGGUAAACCAUGUAUGUAUAUUCUUACAGCAAUUAUUAUUCAUUUUAUUGAAACAUAAGUGCAAUUCUAAAUUAAAUUAUUUUUUAUACAUUCAGUCAAUUAAUUUUGUUUUCCAAUAUUUAAAGUAUUAAAAAAUAUU